CUGAUUUGUAAAAUUGACCUUGACCUCAGCGAAUAGCGCAUCGCGUGGGCGUGGCCAACAACAAUAGUUCGGUUGCACUGGACAUCGCUCAUCAACUUUUGCUACUAGACGAAUCUUGUGCAAAGCUAGUUAGCUAGCUACAUAACAUAUACAUUGUAUGCACAUUGGACGUCGUUUGUGGUACAUUUCUGUGCUUCGACAUCCAGACUGGGGUUUGCAGUUGUCUUAAAACCAGGAAAUUCCAGAAGUGACGGAGGGACUCCAUCUUCGUAUGCGGCUGGUCGGGCUAGCGGAAAGCUAGCUGGUUAUGCUGUUAGGCUAACUUUCCCUGCUAGGCGUUCGGGAAUCAGAGCAAGCGAGUAGCUUGCGAUAAAUUGUCUGUCUGACGAUACUCUCGUUGACUACAAAAGACUCCCAGCAUGCUGAUGGUGGGAGGCAAUGGACGGAUGCACUAGAAUGAGUGUGAAGGAGCUGUGUGAGACUGAUGACCUGGCCACCGGUUUGGUGCUGGACCCUCUGCUGGGCUUCAACACCCACAAAAUGAACAUCAGUCCCCAACCAGAGAUUCGGCGAUGGGGUAACCUUAAAGAGACUCUGUUGCGAUUUCAGCGUACGCACGACUUCAAUGCUACGUUUGAGGCGCUGACAGUAGGCGAACUGGCAGGGGACUACUUCAAUGCUUUGGGAAGCCAUCGACAGGAGCUGCUGAGACAACAUGUGUAUCGGUACCUCAGUGCCUUCCUGUUGGAUAGCGGUAUCAAAAUAGAGUCCUGUGACAGAUACUCCUCAGAGACCAAUGGAGCAAAGAUAACCUCAACACGGCACUGGUUUGCAGGAGAGCGGGUGGAAGUCUUGCUGGGCUGCAUAGCAGAGCUGAGCCCCUCUGACAGUGCUGUGCUGAGGGCGGGAGUCAAUGACUUCAGUGUGAUGUAUUCCACACGCAAGCGCUGCGCCCAGCUCUGGCUCGGGCCUGCAGCUUUCAUUAACCAUGACUGCAAACCAAACUGUAAGUUCGUCCCUGGUGAGAAGAACAUCGCUUGUGUUGAAGUGAUUCGACCGAUCUCACCUGGGGAGGAGAUCACGUGUUACUAUGGUGCCAGCUUUUUUGGCGAGGGCAAUGAAAUGUGUGAAUGCUGCACCUGCGAGAGGAAUGGAGAGGGUCACUUCAGACACAGAGGGAAGCAGCCUGAAUGUGAAGAGACAAAGGACCCUGUGGGCCAGAAGUACCGCUUGAGAGAGCGAUAUCUCCGCCAUCACAGAGAGAAGGGUCACUUUCCUACGAGGCCGAUAGUACCAGGAAUACACUCAGGUAUCUUUAAAGCCAUCCCCUCAAGGAAUUCCUUUACCCAGCAGAUGAGGAGAAAUGCCUUGAAGAACAGAAAACUGAAUCAAACAAAGAAGUGGAGACGAGUGAAGCACAGACGGUCAGGAAAGCACCCACUAAAAUCCUCCACAGUCAAACAACGUAGGACAGUCCCGCUUUUGUCCCAAGUUACACUGAGGGACGUCAGAAUCAGAGUACGGCGCCACUCACUGGAUUUCUUACUCAACUGUAAAGACCCUAAAAGCAAAGAAAGAGCCUUGCUGCAAGAACUAGAAAAUAACGGCAGCGAGGUUAACUUGAAGCCUUCCACACUAACUUCCUCCAUGUCGGUUCAUCAGACGAGUAGACCCACGGUAAACAGUGCUGGUCUCAAUGGGAAGUCCGUCAGAGUGGCGGACAGGCAGGCAAUCCACACGAGGACCUCGUCAAGAACGAGGAGCAUGGCUCAAACCAUGCUCGCACAGGAGACAGGGUCCAGUAACACAGCUAACACUACAACAGUUUGUCGACCUGUUGAGAAUGACAAAGCCUGCAGUGCAAUAAAACAAGAGAAGAUUGGAAAAGCAAUCGUAGAAAGUCAAAGCAACAAGCGCAGCAGCGCUGAAUCCGGCGUGAUGGAUAUGGCCGAAAAUCCAGCUGCUGAGAAUACGACGCACAAGACCAUCAGACAUCCAUCCCUGUUACAAGUUUGUCAGAGUGUCACGGGUGGAUCGAAGAAAGAUGGAGACAAUCCAUUGAUAUCACUGAAGCAAUACCUUACAGUCAACCUAAUAAGGUUGUCAGUGCCUCAUAGUGUAGAAGCAGAAAAGGUGACUGAAGACAGGAAAGCAAGAGUGGAGGAAAAAGGAAGGAGCAGGCAGAGCAAGUGUCCUAGACCAGCGCCUCUGACAGUGCAGUCAGAAAAGAGAGUGUCCAGAUCUCAGCAGAGGCAGGGAGGAGGAUCAGAGAGCUGCACAGCUGAAGGUAACAGAGGGGUGAGGGAAAUGUUUUUCAAGGCCAUCGAUAAAGUCAAUCUAAGGAAGAGACAUGCAGGUGACGCUGCGGGUGAUUUAUGCCACAGUGAGAACAGUGAGAACGACAAGGUUAUUGAGAUACAAACAGUGUCAGAAGAAGAAACAGCUUGUGUACAAGAGGAACAGCAGGACAUUGUAAAAGGCAAAAUUGAAGGGGAGAAAGAAAAGAAAAAUUCUGCAGCUACGGUUAUGGAAUGUAAAAGUAACAUAACCCUGGAAGAAGUGAAAGAGUCCGAAUGUAAAAUAGUGUCUGGUGAGAAAACUACAGGACAGAAUAACACCCACUGUGUUAGAAAUAAAGUCAAGGGUGCAUGUAAGGAGGAGGGAGUUGUUAGAGUAUCAGAACAAAUGACUACGAGUGUGAGUAAGCAGCCAGUAAGAAGGCUUGGAGAAGAUAUUGUCAUAAAGCAGGCAAAGGUUCUGCUAUCUGAUAUUUUAAGAAAAGAUAAACCCUUAAUAGGUAAGAGAUUACAGGAAGAUAUUGUAGGAAGAGGGUUUUCUUCGGCCUCGGCCUCUAAAGAAACGCAAAGUUCUGAGGAGGAAGCAGAAAAAACUGAAAUAAAUGGAGGCAGGUGCCAUCGUUCAGCGCAGAGGAGCAUUAUGAGAAGGCGAAAGCUGAGGCCCAGAGCAGUGAAAACAAAAGCAGAAGAUAAGCAAAGCACUAAGGGAAACUUAAGCAAAGAAGUUGCAGCUACAGUUAUGACUGAACUGAGCGAGCAUAGUUCGCAGCUUCAGUCAGCACAGAGGCAUAACAACCCACCGGCCACAUGCCUCAGCCCACUACCUCAUAGGUCACUCAUUUCAGCAAAAGCUACGAAUAAUACGCAUCCAGACACCAAUCCGCAGGCACACACACAAUCCAACAUACCUCUGAAGAAACGUACAUUUCGCAGUUCUGUGGAAAUAGACUCUGAACAAGGUUUGAAUUCUGCUGCAGAUCAAGCAUCUAAAGAAGCCACUGAGUUAAAGACAUCUGCAGUAAUGAGGCAGGACAUGAACGCGUGUUCAGGGGAGAGUAGCAAAGUGAAAAGAGAAUGUAAAGGCAGACUGAGAGGAACAGAACUCCAGAAGUUGACCCCCAGAAAGAUCACAAGACAAAACCCCUUUAACAGAGUGCUUCGGCCCAGAGCUAAUGAAGUUCAGCGAGGCCCUUUAUUGAGGAGGUGUAAACUAAUCGGGCAAGAUGAGAAAGAUGUCGACAAAGCUGAGACACAUAAGAGUGAUAAACUUGCAGAGGACAAGGAAGCUGAGGAUUCUGCUGUGACCCAAGAGCACUGCGGUCAUGACCCAACUCCAAAUAAAAUUGAAAAGAAAGUUGAGGUGGUAACGUUGCUACAACAAAGUGAUUUGGAGGAGACAAAGCCCAGCCUUAACUUUAAGAUCCGUUUCAAAAGGCGGAGAGGGAGAGUAUGGGAGAUGCAAAGCGCAGGAAUUGGAAAUAUGGCAUUAAAGACAGAAAAGGGAGACGAUGUGGUGACAUGCGACCCUUUUAAAGCCAUCAUGGAUUCUGUAUCGAUUUUAAACAUGGAGAUGGAGGCAGCACAGGCUCAUGUGCAGGCUAGUAAGAAGUCAAAGAGCAGAUUGCAUCGUUUGAAAAAAAGAGGUGAGAAGCUGUGUGGAAGGCAAACUUUAAAUUUGCCCGCAGACGUAAAAUUAGACAAAAACCAAGACUGUAAAAAUGUUGAAAAUGCCUGUGAAUCUACUAAUGACAAAGUAGAAGUUGAAGAGAAGCUUGAUAGGAAGCCUGUGGUUGGAGUCAAGCAGCUGCCUGAAAAAAUGGAGUGUCAGAAAAAUGACAAGGAGCCGUUGUCAGUUGUAGGCCAAGAGACGAAAAUUGAAGAUCGUUUUGUAAAUAAUUGUUGCUUGUUUGGAAGUGGCUCACAAUGGAAACAGGAGAUGGAAUUGGAUUCAAAUGGUUUUCCAUUACCAGUAAUUAAACUUCGCAGAAAGGCAGAGGAUAUCUGGGAGGUGGACAGCAAAGAGGACCUCAUACAGACUGAGUUUAAAGUAGAGCCUGUAGUUAAGAAAGAGGUGAAGGGUCACAUUUUAGGGAAGCAAAAGAAAGACGGUGUUGAGUUAAGCAAGCUCAAAGAAGAAUGUCCUUCCUCUCAGAGACUGAACAGCAACUCGGCCCCUCUGAAAACAGAGCCGCCACCAUUUUCCUUGUCUCUGUCACCACUGUCUCUGUCUUCCCCUCUUAAUGAAAAUAAAACUGAAAUUAUAUCCUCGGCUGCAGAAAGAUUCAUUGAAAGGCCAGAGAUGAACAGCGGAGGAAGGAAACAGAGGCACAAAAUGGAGAGAUCACGGAAGUGUGGGCUUGUGGAAACACCCACCACUUGUCUUAGUCACACUCUCCAACAAAUUGACAACAGUCUCUCCAGGCUCUCUGAAGGCCUGUGUUCAUCGCAGACUUUGGAAAAGCCAACAACCAGUUCCAGUGCAACUAAUUCUGUCAUCCAGCCCCCAUCCCAGUUUCCUCCAUUUACAACUGCAGAUAACAUGCUUUCUGGUGAGCCCACCUUCACAAACUGCUGCGAUGAUAUUUUGGACUUUCAGUGUCUCAACUUUGAGGGGUAUUAUCAGCCACAGAACAUACUUCCAUCCUCUCCUUCAGAUCUGUGCUCACUGGAUCCACCCACAGAUCCUUUCAGCAGUCCCCUCUCUCACAGCCCGUCUGAUACAUGGACUACAGAGACACCAUACCUUGGCCCUCCCAGUCCAGGAAAUAACUUUACCAGUGAGGAUCUGCAGUUUUUUCCAGGUCUAAUUUCUUCCAAAAGUGACUCUGUUCCUCUGGAAUGUGAAGCGAAGGAUACCUCCAAAGACAGAAACCCACCCAACCCCAGUUUCAGUUUUUCAGCUCUCAGCAACUCUGACUUUACUGCUAAGGAUCGAAACAUGAGUAGAAAUCUGGGAAUGAGGGUGUCCAGAGAAGACCUCAGAACUCAGUGUUUUUCUGUAGUCGGCAAGCCUCGGUUGUUUGGAGCAACAUCAUCUUCUGUUACAUCUCAAAAUCCUGUUACCUCAACCCAGCCCUCCAUCAACAUCAAGCCGAGCACCGGCCAGUCAAAAGCCCAGGCUAACCUAAGAACCCAGGGCCCUUUCCAUCGUAUGACCAUUCCUAAUAGAUCUCAGUCAUUUUCAAGUAAUAGUCAGCCAAACACAGUAAGAGGACUGUCCCAGAGUUCCACGACAAAGUCCGUCCCAUCAUCUCAAAUGUCUAACAAAUUCCUCUCCCCCCAGCUCUUCACUGUGAAAAAUCACAAUCCUCCAGACAAUCCAUUCAACUUCCACGAGAAAACCUCUACAGUGAUUCACAGGGUGCUUAAGUUCCAGGGGGGGAACCAGAGUCAAAACUUAUACAGCGCACCCUGUAAAGACACCACGGCUGCUGGCAGCCCGACUGUCGCGUCUAGAACACUCGGUACAAAAUCUGGUGCUACUGAGAAGACCCAGCAGAGUCUCAAGCUGAAUAUAGACAGUCAUCAUAAAGCCAACAUGUCUGCUCAAGGCUUUGGAAAAGAUGUCAGCCAUCUUGGUUUGUCCAGCAACCCCAACAAGUCCAGCCCUCAUUUCAAUAAACUCAACUUCCCUCAGUCUUUUAGUAAAACUAAAUUGUCAUCUGAUAAACAUGAAAGUGGAGAAACCAACAUGACGUACAAAAACUUUUCUGCCUUGCCAAGACCCUUCUUCUUUCCUAGCAAAAUGUCUGACAGUUAUUCAACACCAGAAGACAGGAGUCUGAAACACGAUAAAUCCACUCCGUCGACCUCAGACAAACACCAGCCAUGUUACACUCAGCAAGACCCUUUUGAUUUCAGCUUUGGCUCGUCUCUGUCCCCCAUUCCUCAGCACAACAGCCCCCAAGUGGUCCACAGUACACCUCCUGGUACGCCAGCACCAGCAAACAAGAACAUGUCCUCCUCAGCCUCUUUCCCCUAUGGCUGUCAAGGUCCUCCUUACGUACUAAACUUCAGUGGAGACCAUUCAUUGACCCUGGGUCUCAGGGAUGGGGCUGAUGGUUACCCAGGACUCAGCUCGACAAACUACACCUACCAUUGCCUGAUGGAGCCUUCAGGCACACAAGGGCGGCUGGUUCUUGAGCCCUGUGGGCCCCAGCUUUCCAACCAAGCGUCUUUUUCCUUGGGUGGAUUUUCAGGGCAGAGGGGUCAGGACGAACACUACAGGAAGGACAUGCAGCAACAGUGCCAGCCUGGGGAACACCAAGGCGCACCGCACUACGGACCUGUUCCAACAUCUCACUCCAUGGGUGCCACAAAACCCAAGAGGGUGAGGUUAGUGGUGACAGACGGCACAGUAGACUUAGAUCUCCAGUACUCGGAUUGAUUUGUACCCACCGGAGUCACUGCAUACAUUUGGACAUUGUUUUGCUCAAAGGGGAUUAUACAGUAUCUGCCACCAAAUGUUUUUGUAAACAUGGUAAUUCAUAGUCUACCAGUUAUUAAAGCCCACUGACUGAUUUUUCUAAAACAUUACUUAAACGGACUGUUAAUGUAUGAAUAUGAAUAACUUGUACAAGGUUUUAUGUAGUGGGCGUAUCAGUGUGUUUUUAGCUACUGUAUGAGUUUUCAGAAAAUGAAAUUGCCACUACAAAUUUGCUGAGAAAACCAAAUUUAAGAAAACAAAGCAUUAAAUAUAUUUGUGGCUAGGAGUUUGAACCUAGUGGCCCUGUAAACACUGAAAGCCCUCUUACUGUACUGUAACAUAGUUGUAUGAAUUUUUCUAUACCAUGUAUGGCAGUAGAGACAGGGGCACCAUCAUUGGUUGCUGGUACUUGUAUUGGUGGGUUUUAAAAAGGCAGCUUUGUGCCUCAGUCUUUGAUAUGUUCUUGUGACUUUUUGAAGCACCUGUUGAAACAGUCUACCCUCGUUUUUAUACUCACAGUAAGCUCUUUUCUCACUUUGUGUGUGUGUGUGUGUGUGUGUGUGUGUGUGUGUGUGUGUGUGUGUGUGUGUGUGUGUGUGUGUGUGUGUGUGUGAGUGAGUGUGUGAGUGAGUGAGUGAGUGAGUGAGUGAGUGAGUGAGUGAGUGAGUGAGUGAGUGAGUGAGUGAGUGAGUGAGUGAGUGAGUGAGUGAGUGAGUGUGUGUGUGUGUGUGCGUGUGUGUGCAUGCAUUUGGCUGGCAGGUCUCGAGGGAUCAAAGUAAGGUGUGUUAUCGUACCUGAUCGUGUGACUGUUGCUCUGCCAGAUUUAAGUAAGGUCAUUAGUGCAUAUAUGAAAGGCUUGUGCAUGAACAGUGUACAGUAAAAUGAUUUCCAGACCUAAAACAAUAUAUAAUCUAGGAUAACUCUUCGGGAUGAAGACGUGUGACAUGAAUUGCAGCUUUUCACAGCUGCUGUGUUGAGUACCCAUGUGGAUGAGUGAGCGGGUGAAACUGCAAUAUGUUUUUUCAGGCCAGUCGGGCUUAAUAAUAGUUUGGGGGAUAGUACAACGUGAGAUCUUUGUAAUGGGAGCCCUCCCAAUUGGAAGUAUAAGACAAACAUUGAAAUAUUAGCAUGUUACAUCACAAAAAGUGACAAUCGUUUCACAGUUUAACUCACUUGUCAUUUAUUUGGUAAUUUUUUUCCCGAGGAAUGGAUAGAAGGAUUAGUUGUACAUCACUUACAGUAGUUACUGGUGAUGAACCACACAUUCAUAGGUGUUUAUAUUGUAGCCAGAGUUAUUUGCUGUCUAUUGUGGAAGACAGGUGAGCAUUCCCCUCAUGUUAUAAUGGUCUGUAUGUGGAACCUAUUUGACAUCCUUGGGCAGGAGUGUUCAGUGUGACUGCACAGCCUUACAUUACUACCAUAAAAAUGUACUGUCUUGAUAUGGAAAGACCAAUUAUUUAUUUUAAUAUCCUCAUUCUUGAAAUGGUGCUUUAAUGUAAUUUAUAUUUCACAUUGAUUGUUCAAACUAUUAAAUGUUUUUAUUAUUAUUUAAUGGGACAAAAUAAUGAACUGAAUAUUUACAAGUAUUUAAUUUCAAAGCCUUUGACAUCUUAUCCAGUUUUUUCAGUUGUUACAGGUAAAAUGUUCUGUCAUUUUUUCUAAUUGGCAGUUAGUCUUACUGAAAGUCUGCUGUAGAAAUGUACAAAUGUAGCUUAUAUCAUUAAAGUCACUUAAUUCUUUUUGUA